AAAUAAAUGAUAAUUUUGAUAAGUGCAAUUUUGAAUGUUGUAAAUUCUUAUAUUGGAGAUCCAACAUGCAUUAGCUAAGUUACUCAAAGUACUUGUUAAAAUCUUGGGUAUUGUUUUUGGGAUGGUUUAACCUGUUAAGUGGAAGAUUGUUAUAAAAUUGAUGAAAUAGCAGCCUGUAGACCAUCUGGAUUUCUUCAUACAACUGCACCAAUUAUUUGUAAUUCAUUAGAAUUAGAAGCAUAUUUUUAUUAAAUAUAUGCAAAUGUAUGUAAUGAUCCAAGUGAUGAUCCAAACGAAUUAAUUCAGCAUUAUAUAAGAUAUUAAGAGCCUAAAAAUGGAUAUGCUGAUAAAAGUUUAAAUGGAAAUAAUUUGAAUUAUUGGAAUACAAAUGUUCCACAAUAUGGAUCUAUAAGUUAAAUCUAUACAAUUUAAAUCUUAAAGCAAGACAUGUCAUAAUUAGAUUAGACACUAGAUAUUUAUAUAAAAUACCUAACAUUAUUUUUAUCGGAUACUUAUUGGACAUAUGACCAAGAGAAAUCAAUUAGUUAUAUGUUUUAAUAAUUGAGAGUAUUAUGAUAAAUAUUAUAUAAGGAUGACACAACAUUAGCGAGCAUAAAUAAGAAAUUGAUGAUUGGAAAAGUGUGGUAGAUAGUGGAUAACUUAUUUGAAAGAUUUAGAAUAAUUGGGAAUAACUAUACAGCAAUAUAUCCAUUGUAUAGUAUAAAUUAGGUGGCUUUAUCACGAUUAUAAACAGAGUUAUCUGGUCGUAAGCAUGUGGCUACAUUUAAAUGGGGUUAAUAUUAAUAUAAUGGAUAUAUUCAGGUAAUGGGUUAUGAUUUACAUUAAUUUGGAUUUGUUGGUUAAUUGACUUAAGUAUAUGAAAUAAAUAUAUAUGAUAAUGGACAUAAUACAUAAAGUUUGAAUUAUGGAAUCAUGUAUACUUUUCCUUUUGAUAUUUCAACAAUGUCAUCAAUAUAUCUUUAUUCUUUUGAUAGAGUAACUCUUUAAGAAACUUAAAUAAGAAUGUUAACAAUAGGAAACUUUUAGGAUUGUAAUUAUGAUUCUACAACUAAAAAAUCGACAUGUUAAAUAUAUCCAUUAACUGGGAAUACCAAAUAUUUUAUAGGAACAACAUUAAGUACUUGUGGAAGUAUUCCAAAGAGAUAUAAAUGUAAAUAACCUCGUUGUUUAUGGACAGGUUCUAGUUGUACAAAUAACCCCCCUUGAUUAUUUAAAAA